AUGGGAGCGCUACGAUUAGCCUUUGUGCUCCUCCUGCUGCCAGACAUCUGCGUGCAGGUACAACUAGGCUUCAGCGUUCUCCCUCGCCCACUCGCCGACGAGACGAUCGUUCCACAAAAGCACUUCAUGGCAAGUCAGGCUGGGAUGGGGCCCGAGCCUCUGUGCCGUGCUCCGCGCAUGCAGCAAGAGAGGAGAGGAGGAUGCAGACUGCUUCAGUGGCAGCGAGAAUGCUCCAUGGGCUCGCCUUCGCGGUUCAGGAAGAAGUUGACAGUAGCUCAGGGCAGCAGAAGAGCUGGAUCCUCCAACAUGUCCAGCACCAAGGAGGGCGUGGAGGCAUCAUGGAGGGGGCUGGAUAGAGAGCGGGUGCGAUCGCCUAUCACGGGCAGGCUAAUCAAUGUGGACGGCCCUGCAUACCAGAAGGUGAUUGAACUGGGAUACAUCCUUGUUGACGGCCAGUUCAUUCAUCGCAACAAACUUGACUUCUCGGCCAAGCUGACCGAGCUAGGUGGUCUAGAGAACCUGGCAAGGGAAACAGAGUCGUCGAUGCUGAAGCGAGUGGGCAAGAUGGACUCGCAGGGCUCUGUGGGUUGGGCCGGGGAGAGGAGCAGGGGGAGGAAUGAGAUGCUUCCCUACGCACAAGACGUGGAGCUCUGGAAGAGCAACGAAGUUGUGGGGAUGGACGGCCAGGGCCAGGAGAGCAUGGAGGGCCCGAUAGACGAAUUCCAGGAGUCUUUGUUGUGGGACAGUGUGCACCUGAAGCUGAUUUUCGAUGAGCUGAAGGACAGCAAUGGUAAGAUCAAGUUGAUUGAGUUGAGAACUGCUCUGCUGGCCGUCAACCUGACCAUCAGCAACGAGAUGCUGUGGGAUCUUCUCAACAUUGCAGACUCAGACGGGAGGAUCCGGUUGGAGUACGAGGACUUCGUCAAGCUUCUGAUCAACGUCCUUAACCACAACAACAACAACUUCCCGCUCUCUGCAGCAGGCGACAUCAGGCAGGAAGAAGCCUCCAAGGAAGUUCGAGAUCCAAAGGCGACGAGGACGGGGAGGGAAGGAGGAGGGGCAGGCAAGGAGCAGGAGAAAACUCCGAGCAACACUGAGAAGUACCUGGAGAGGCUGAGCGACGCGCAUGAACUGACGCCUGUGCGGCUCAACAACUGGAACCUCAUGAGGAAGUAUCAUCUCGGUGUCUGGAAGGGAGUUUGGUCGUGCUACGUGAUCCCCGACAUGGAGGAGGAAGAGGAAGAGGGAGGGCAGCGGGUGUUCCGACUCGAGUUCGAGGACGCAGUCGUCCGCAACAGGGUCAUCUCCUCCUUGGACUCCGACAACAGCCCAGAGAGGAUGCAGUACAUCGACACUGACCUCGGCCCCUGGCCGUCCUCUCCUCGCUGGCCCUCGCCCAAGAGCUCUCCGCCCCCCCGGGAGCCGCUCCCGCUGCUUUCCGACCUCUUCGGGUUUUUCGACAAGGUCAGGACGUGCAGGGCGACCAACCUGCAGUCACAUCAUGUUGGGGAGACUUUCAUGUGGUCCACGAGGAAGAAGGACCUCUGGUGCGUUGUGGGAGCCGUCGCGCACAAGGACUGGAGGGCGCGAACGGUUCUGGUGUACAAGGAUGAGAGGAGGGGAGCGGAUGGGGUCUUCGCUCCGAGGUUGAGGUAUCCUCCUCCGACCGCUCGUCCUUGCAUGCUGCCUGUCUGA